GUCUUUGUUAGUCGCUAGAGCAGCUAGGAGAAUAGCGCUAUGCUUCGGCCAUGAGCCGGCACAGUUAUCUGCAGGAGCAGUUGCUCUAUCAGCCGCAGCAUCCAGUUAAUCUAAAACGCCUGCGCCAACAGGCAGCAGCGUUGCCCAUUUACGCUCGCAGCUAUUCGCUGGAGGAGCAGCAGUUGGCACAAGCGCAGGCACAAGCUCAAUUCGUGCCCGUCUACAACAAGUUUAUCUAUCCACAUGAAUCACUCAAUCCCAUCUAUACGCAUGACUCGCUCAAUUCCUUGAGCAGCGACUAUACGGAUUAUGACUAUGAAACAAGCGCUGGUUUCAUUGUGGAGCAAGCGGUGCCGCCGCCAGUAGCCAGCACCAAUGUAGUACAGAAUCUGAAUGCGCUGGGUCGUUUGCUUGAGCUGCUGCAGCGCUUGCCGCUGCCAUGUUUAUCCUUCAAUACGGCCUGCAUCUGCUCGCUGAUCAUGAUAUUUAUAGCGCCACGCAGCUGUGCACAGACUUUAUUGUUUCCCGCUUUCAGAUUAUUUUUCGGUACACUCUAUCCGGCCUAUGCCUCCUACAAGGCGGUGCGCACAAAGAACGUCAAGGAAUAUGUAAAAUGGAUGAUGUACUGGAUUGUGUUUGCUUUUUUCACUUGCAUCGAAACAUUUACGGACAUAUUUUUGGCUUGGUUUCCAUUUUACUAUGAGAUCAAAGUGGUUAUUGUCCUGUGGCUGCUAUCGCCAGCCACCAAAGGCAGUUCCACGCUCUAUCGCAAGUUUGUGCAUCCGAUGCUAACACGUCGGGAACAGGAAAUCGAUGAGUAUUUGAAUCAGGCACGCGAACGCGGCUAUUCAGCUGUGUUGCAACUUGGCUCCAAGGGUGUAAAUUAUGCCACAAAUGUCAUCAUGCAGACGGCCAUAAAGGGCGGUGGCAACUUGGUGCAGACCAUCAAGCGCAGCUACAGCCUCAGCGAUCUCAGCGAGCCCGAUAUGCAUCGCACCCAGGACGAGCUGGACGAGGUUAUGGCCAGCAGCACAGUCAUGUUGCGUCCACAGCCCACGCGCUUAAUGCGCCAACGCCAUCAGACGCCCGUGGGACGCUCCGCCAGCGGCACACGCCAUUCCACUGGCAUGUACUUUACGGAAGUUGAUGUCGCUGGCGCCGGCAAGCAGUCUGGUGAUUUCAACUACAAUAUACGCAGCACGGAUGACAUCAGCUCUGGCUAUUCGAGCGCGGAGCCGGUUAGUGCGCCGCUGGGCAACGUUGGUGUCGGCCUCAGUCGCACCUCAUCCAUGACAAAUGCUUCCAAGGCGCGCGUCAAGUCCAAACGCAGCGAGCAAUUAUUGGAAGAUAUGCGUGCUGAGGUAUAUUUGGAAAAUGAGCGUUAUUUUCAAGCGUGCAGAGCGGAAAUGUUAAGGCAACAAAUGCCGCUUAAAAUUGAUGAAAGCGAGCAGGAGCAGCUGGACAGCAACGAUGACAAUGAAUUCGAUGAUGAUGAUGAGGAUGAAGAGCAGACUUUCUAUGAAGCGCUGGCAAGCAAGGACUCUAGUCUAGAGCCAGAGCAAAAAGUGGAGCAGCUUAGCGACAAUGAAGACUCAUUUAAGGAGGCACUAACAACAGCAAGCACAGAGCUGACGCUUAAGGAAGAGCACGUAGAAGAAGCUGCUACCGAGGAUGCGCCCAAGGCAGAGCAAAUUGAAGAGCAAGCAGCUGCAGCUAAAGAGCAAGAGCUAGAGGAGAAAGCUGAUUUUAAUGCAUUAACUGCAACUAUGGAUCCUUUUCUAUUGGUAAUGACCGAAACUCGACCAGCUGCACGACCAGUUUCGCCGCGUCAGCUGCUGGCCACGCUGGAGGAUAUUCAGCACAGCUUUCGCGCACAGCUGCAGCCAGAGAUGCCUCUGCCGCGUCCCAAGGCGCAGCAUAGCAAAGGACCAGCGCCGCCGCCACCGCUGCCACCUAAAAAGGAAAGACGCACACCAGAGCGCAGUGCACAACAAACGGAGCGCAGCAGGUCAUCAGGUAUAGGCCAACUAUUCAAAAGCUUCAAAGAUAAUGUGCGGCGCGGCAGCAGUAGCAGCAAGGAUGAGCAGCUGCCCACAACUGCCGCCAAAGAGACGCCCAUUUGAUGACAAAUCGAUGUCUGCUAGCUGCACCACCUUGCCGCGCAGCAACAGCAGCCGCAAGUCGGAUAAAUCUCAGGCGUUAGGCGCCACUAACCA